AUGCCGGGUCUAGUCUCUGUGAAAACCCCACCCUUUAUGCCGUCGCCAAAAAUUCUCUUAGCCGAAACCCGAAGCGUAACAACUGACAGCCAUCGAACACCAUCUCCACUCAUAAAGCAAGCUCCAUCCCCUUCACCGUCCAACUCUCGCGCAAAAUCCACAAUAAAGACCCCGGAAAAAGUCACUAUCGAUGAAGCAUCUCUAGACAACCCGGAUCUGGGUCCCUUUUUACUCAAGUUGGCCCGAGACACAAUUUCUUCCGGUGAUAACCCGAACAAGGCCUUGGAUUAUGCAAUUCGAGCGUCCAAAUCAUUUGAGAGGUUUUCGGGUCAGGGUCAGGGCCUGGAGCUGGUUAUGAGCUUGCACGUAUUAGCGGCAAUUUAUUGCAGUUUGGGAAGGUUUGAGGAGGCGGUUCCGGUUUUAGAGCGGUCGAUUGAGGUUUCGGAUGCUGGAAAUGGGUCGGAUCAUGCUCUGGCCAAGUUUGCGGGAUAUAUGCAGCUGGGGGACACGUAUUCGUCAAUGGGUUUGUUGGACAGAUCCGUUUGGUGUUACGAGUCGGGUUUAAAGAUCCAGAUUGAGGCUCUCGGUGAUUCGGAUCCAAGAGUUGCUGAAACUUGUAGGUACUUAGCUGAGGCCCAUGUACAAGCAAUGCAAUUUGAUGAGGCACAAAACCUAUGUAAGAAGAUCCUUGAAAUCCACAAGGAGCACAGUCCACCAGCCUCUCUUGAAGAAGCAGCUGAUCGCCGGCUUAUGGCUCUUGUCUGCGAGGCAAAGGGAGAUUAUGAAUCUGCCCUCGAGCACCUUGUUCUGGCUAGCAUGGUAAUGAUAGCUAAAGGUCAAGAGAAUGAGGUUGCUUCCAUCGAUGUUAGCAUUGGCAGUAUUUAUAUUUCUCUUUGCCGCUUCGAUGAGGCCAUUUUUUCCUAUCAGAAGGCACUUACAGUCUUCAAAGCUACUAGGGGUGAGAAUCACCUUUCUGUAGCAUCAGUUUUUAUUCGCCUUGCAGAUCUAUACUACAAGAUUGGCAAACUAAGGGAGUCCAAAUCCUACUGUGAGAAUGCCUUGAGAAUAUACGCAAAACCAGAGCCUGGAGCUGCUUCUGAGGAUAUUGCCAAUGGUUUGACAGAAAUCUCAGCAAUCUAUGAAGCCUUGAAUGAGCAUGAGGAGGCAUUGAAGCUCUUGAAGAAGGCUAUGAAAUUAUUGGGAGACGCCCCUGGGCAUCGUAACACAAUUGCAGGAAUAGAAGCGCAGAUGGGCGUGAUGUUCUAUAUGCUUGGGAGGUAUGGGGAGGCUCAUUGCUCUUUUGAGAGUGCUGGAGUGAAGCUGCGAGCAAGUGGGGAGAGUAAAUCAGCAUUCUUUGGAAUCGUUUUGAACCAGAUGGGACUGGCUUGUCUGCAGCUGUACAGGAUAAAUGAGGCCACUGAGCUGUUUGAAGAAGCAAGGGGGGUAUUAGAGCAGGAAUGUGGUUCAUAUCACUUGGACACUCUUGGAGUAUACAGCAACCUCGCAGCGACUUAUGAUGCCUUGGGAAGGGUAGAAGAUGCAAUUGAGAUAUUAGAGUACAUCCUUAAGGUGAGAGAAGAAAAGCUUGGAACGGCAAACCCAGAUGUAGAGGACGAAAAGAGAAGGCUUGCUGAACUCUUGAAAGAAUCAGGAAGGUCUCGAAACAGGAAAGGAAAAUCACUUGAAAAUCUUCUUGAUUCCAACUCACGUAGGAAGAAGAAGGACGUUACAAAGAGACGGUCUGGAUUUAGUUUUAAAAGUUAAAACUCCCACUAAGACAAUCUCUUACUUGUUCUUGCUUCUUAGCAGAAUCCACUUUUCAUAAUACAGGGGAUUGAGUAAAGAUAAGGUUUUGAAAUUGGUGGAUCUUUCACGUGUCUCUGGAUCCCAAUCUCCUUUUUUUUUUUUUUCUUUUUUUUUUCCUGUGUUUCUCUCAUCUCUUUUGCGUUUAUAAUAUUUGCUUCUUUCUAUGAAUAUUAGCGCUGUCAUUUUGAAGCUGUUUAUCAAAAAGGAAAGCUGAGAUGCGCUGUCAUUUAUUCUUUCUGACUUAAAACAGUUAAACAGAUAAUAUCCUAAGACCUAUUACCUUUAGCCCCGUUCGACUCUUAGCUGCUUGAAUUUUCGUGUAAA